GUACACUCCCUUGCUCCUCUCUCUCUCUCUCUCUCUCUCUCAGCUCAUACCCUUCUUUUGCUGCUCUCCUGUUUCCUGCUGUGUUUAUUCAUCCCUUCCUCUGGAUCAACUCACUCCCAUUCCCAAAUUGGACCACCAAACCAGUUCUUCAAGGAAAUGGCCUCCAAGCAGCCAAUGGGCUACAAGUGUCGCAUAGCAGUAGUGCUGCUUGUCCUUUUGGCCAGUAUCGCUGCCCUUGUUGCUGUUGCUGUCAUCCAGGACACCUGGAGUUCUAAAGAGUACAGCAUAGAGUAUGGCAUAGUGAUAGACUCGGGUUCAUCUCGUUCUAAUGUGUUCCUGUACGAGUGGCCAGGGGAGAAGCAGAAUGAAACAGGAGUGGUGACUGAGAAAGAAAAUUGUAGAGUUGCUGGUAAUGGUAUCUCAGAGAUGAACGUUGACCCAGAAAAAGAUGCACAAUCGUGGAAAGGAUUCCAAACCUGCAUGGACAAGAUCACCAAAGCCAUUCCUGCUGAAAAACACAAAACUACACCUAUCUAUCUGGGAGCUACUGCUGGGAUGAGACUGCUACAUGAGCGGGAUGAACAGAGGUCCAAUGCAAUCAUGGCAAAUCUCACAAGAUACCUGAGCUCUUUGGCAUUUGACUUCAAAACUGCUUCAAUCAUUAGUGGUCAAGAAGAAGGGCUGUAUGGGUGGGUCACUGUCAAUUACCUCAUGGGAAACUUCCUAGAGAAAAACCUGUGGAACACAUAUAUUCGCCCAGAAGGGGCGAAGACUGUAGGGUCCAUGGACCUCGGUGGAGCAUCAACACAGAUCGCCUUUGUGGUCGUGGAUGAUCACAAGGGCCCUGACUACAUGCAUAUCAAACUGUAUGGUUAUUCUUACAGUGUGUACACACACAGUUUCCUCUGCUAUGGCAAAAAUGAGGCUGAUAAGAGGAUUCUGGACAAAAUAAUCCAAGAAUCCUCUGACCCAGCCUACAUUGUUAACCCAUGCUACCCUGAAGGUUACAACACCACCAUGAAGGCCUCAUCCAUCUAUGACUCAGAGUGCACAGAGAAACCAAAAGACUACAACCCUGAUCAAGAAUUCUUAAUGGUGGGAGAGCCCGACUCAGAAAAGUGCAAGAGCAUUGUGAAGUCCAUAUUUGAUUUUAAGACUUGUAACUCAACUCAAUGUUCCUUCGAUGGGGUUGAACAGCCACCUGUCACUGGAGAUUUUAUGGCAUAUGCAGGAUUCUUCUUCAUUGCCAGGGCGCUGAACCUGGUGGGCACAUCAGAAAUGGAUCAAUUCAACACCUCACUUACGGAAUUCUGCAACUCUUCCUUGCAGUUAAGGAAAGAAAAGCAUUGGAUAUCUGAAAGAUACCUUAGGACUUACUGUCAUGGAGCUCACUAUGUCUUCACUUUGCUGACAGAUGGAUACAAGUUUGAGAAAGAGACCUGGAAAAACAUUAACUUCGAAAAACAGGUAAGGAACACCAGCAUUGGUUGGAGUUUGGGCUACAUGCUGACUAUGUCCAACAUGAUCCCGUCUGAAGUGAAAUAUACAUACCCCAUGACCGACCCCGUCUUUGCCGGGCUUAUCUUUCUAUUUUCAGCACUAACCAUCAUAACUGUUGUCUUAGUUUUCAUCAUCCUCAUUCGCAUCUGCUACUGAAAGUGCAAGUUAUAAAGGGAAUGAUCAGCCACUGUAAGUCUUUGGGGCUGUAGUAAUCCUGUAAAGUAGUGCUACAGUAGCAUGUGCCAAGACAUCUAUACUAAAAGUAACUAAUGAAAAUGUUUUGUUUUUUUUAGCCUGAGCCAUUUACAGCCGUCUAUUUUAAUUUUCAAGUUUUCAUUUUGAAAACCUCUCACUGUUUAUCUGCUAGUGUCUUUGAGCUAGCUUCACAUAAGAGACUGGCUUUAUUGAGAUAGCAAAACACAAGCAAAACACAUUUUAAAAAUGUAUUUAAAAACAUUUUUUAAGAUGUUGUACCUCAGGGAAAUGCACAUACUGUAGAUUUAAAUAAUGGGAUCUUUUUACUUUUUCUAAUUACUUUUUCAAGCUCUAUUAAAUUGUUGUUUUACAGCCAACACAGCAGUUUACGUACACAUGGUGUAAUGAGAUUCCAUAUGUGCAUUCACAAUUGCAUGAUCACAUACAUACAUGCAUACAUACAUAGAUGCUCAGACAAAAGCAUGAAUUAUUCACUCACUCACUGACUAUGUUUCAUCCAUUUUCCCUAUAUUAUUUGUGCAACUGCACUGAGAUUCAGUGCACAUUACGAAGUGACAACACUUUGGCACAAUUUAAUUGUAAUUAAUGUUUCAUAAAAAAAGUAUAUAUAUACA